AACCAAUCAUCUUUCAUACCCACCCAUUUCCUUUCUCGCAUUUUUUUAUGAUAUUUUUUACUUUGUAAUCGCCGCAAUAAUUUUUUUGUUCACAAGAGUCAUUGCGAGCAAUUCAGCGCACGCUCAUCGUUUAACGGAUGUUUCUAGCAUUAGGCUGCCGAUCUCGCACAGGUAGCUUAUUCACCUGUGCUCGGAUAACAUCACCACCGGCGACUAGGCAACUUAUUUCUACAAAAGCACCAGAGCCGCAAUCAGAAACACAACACACAGACGCUGAAGAGAAAACACCGGGCUCACAGCUACGACUUUUGCGCUUGCCCAAAUGGGACAUUAAGCCCGUAGACAAGGCGCUGGUACCGUCAACCAGGGUCCUAGACGCACCGCAGCACGCAAGGCCCCUUGUGCGCUGGACACAAGAAGAGAAGGACCAAUUUGACGGACUUCUUACCAAAUACGUAUUGCAGCGGCGCGAACCUGGAGGCAUCAAUUGGGCGCUCGCCCGACGCACUCAAGGCCCGCUACAACAUGAUAUACCAGGACCUCAAGGCGGGCUAUUUGACGAAAAUUCUGGAUUCCAGUUCGAGCAGAACCUCUCGCUGGCAAACCAAAAGAUGCGCAAAGUUACCCGGUGGUCGACAACCGAGGACGACGCUUUGCGCACAGCGGUGGAUAUCUACGGGCCGCAUAAAUGGCGGCUCAUUGCGGAUUUCGUUGGAACGCGGAAUUUCUUGCAAUGCGUGACGGCGCCGCUAUUGCAUUGGGCGCGAUUAGCGCAGCGGCGUGCGAGACUCAAUGGGUUACUCGGCAAUGUCAGCAGCCAAAACGGGAUUGUCGAGCGCAGAUCGUCGGUGGUCGCGGCGUUGCUGAGCCAGCAGCAGGAACAGCUAUCUGAGCGGAGCAAGAAGCAGGCCAGCCAUACCCUGGAUAAUUGGCUUCUUGAUGGCCGUGUACUGAUCCUGCCUUUUACGCCCAAAGAGGAUGAGGCGCUUCUGCGCUUGGUCAGGACGUAUGGAUCACGCCACAAAGGAGAGGGCCGGGGUGCGACAGUAGUCCAGGCGCGCACAGCGGCUAUCGUCAAGAAGCGGUACUACGAGCUGAUACGGAAGUAUUCCGAAAAAACCGCGAGCUGCACAGAGCAGAAUUCAACUGCUGUAGGCGAGUCUGGUGAAUCUGUAGGCGAAGGUGCGCUGCCCUGGUGGUCCGCAAAGAGAAGCAGGCGCAAGCCCGGAGAUAGGACAGCCAAGCGUGCGAUCCGGCGCUGGUCCGAAGAGGAAUCCGCAGCCUUGAAGACAAUAAUUGAGGAGAUGAUCCAGGGCGAGCACGGAUUCAUAUCGUGGGCCGAAGUCUCUCGCCGCAUGGGCUCAUACAACCGGUCGGCCUCCCAAUGCCUAGUGUACUGGUCUCACAAUAACGGAACUCAUCUCAAACGCACACCAUUUACGCUGGCCGAAGACAAGCUGAUCUGGCCAUUUGUCGUUGAUCAGCAGCAGCGGCCUAUUUCGUCCCGAUAUAUGUCUAGUUACCGCGGCCGCAGGAUUACUACCAAUUAUGAUGAGGGUGAUGGGCGUAUGCCGCUGGUGGUCGGCAUUGGGUGGCUCAGCACUGGCCCGAUGGCUGGGAGGCCCACAGGUAUGGUUCGCGAGCGCGUAAGGCGCCUGCAGUUGGUGAUCGAGUGGCUGCGGGUGGUUGCUGGGGUGAAGGACGCUGGUUCUCACAUCGAGCUGGUGAGCAAGCUGGCCGAUUCGCCAUCAAAGUUUCGAAUCAGCAACCUCCACUCACAACAAAUAAAUAAUUAUUAUUUAUUU